GCUACAUCACUUCGCCCGCACCUAUCUGCGUGAAAGAAAUCAGUCAAAAUGUCGACGACCCCGACGCCGUAUAAGCCCUCACCGCUCUCAUUCAACAGCCCUCGCACAUCACCGUUUCGACGCCAGAACUCGUCCGCACAGUCGCCAUCGGGAGUCCGGCCCACAACACCUACUAGCUCACCCUUGAAGCCCCCUGUCGCAACAACCCCAACACCUUCGCACACGCCUGCCCGCGACGCCGCAACGAGCGAUGCGUCGAAUAAACCUCCGCCAUGGUUAAGUACUCGUGGGACGCUGGCCAAUCCAGAACCUCCACGGUCACCUACACGCCAAGUUUCCUCCUCAACACAGCACACCGUACGGCCGAUGAACACGGCAUCUAUCGCGUCCCGUUUCGAAACCCCAAGUCCCGGAAACACGCCCUCCGUAGGGAGACCAGCAACAAGGCCAGUACCUGCCCAUCGUCCCGGAUCAAGCGAUGCGCUGUCAAAGAUACCCGCUCCACUACUUCACAGCAUGCGAGAGUCAUUCAGCGUUUUAGACAGAGAUAACAAUGGCAGCGUGGACGCUUCAGAUGUAGCAGACAUGCUAUCGCAGUUGGGACUGACUGCCACGCCCGCCACUCUCUCGUCGUAUUUCCACGACUCACAAUCGAUCAAUCUGGCGACCUAUUUGAAUACGCUUUCGGAUUUGCUUUCCGGGUUGUCGCAUGUCAGCGAGCUGAACGCUGCAUUUGAGGCUUUUGAUGACGGUGAUGAUGGGCAGAUUGACUUGGCUGAAUUGAAAGACGCCUUACUACACACUGCACCUGAACCGGGGGAGAGAAAGCUAACUGAAAGGGAGAUUGAUAUGGUCGUGGAGGGGUUCAGCGGAAGGCGAGCAUUCACUAAAGGCGGCAAAGGCAUCAAUCGCGGCGAAGUCUUUCGGUAUCAGGAGUUUGUGGCAAACAUAACAGGUGGUGGGGCUUCUGGGGAGAACGGAACGGGGGCUCCGGCACAAGUUUAA